CGGGUUCUUUCGGAAAGGCAGCCAUGGUGCGAAGCAGUGGGUUGUACGGCUAUAGGCCGAGGUGCAUCCAAUCCCUCUGUAGAUGGGAGCGGAUGUCGGGAGAUGGGCCUACGGUAACUGCUCUGCUGGACUACAGCUACGGCAGGCGAGAGGCGAGGUUGAGAAUAAAUGUAGAGGGGGGAAAAGAGGGAGAGAUGAGGGCGGACCCCGAACUGCAGAUGGCGAUUACUGAGGCUAGGGACCGCGCAGAGAGAAGGUGCAUACGGGAUGGGGUCACAGAUGAGCUGAAAGUGACCAUAUCGUACCUAGAGACAGAGACUUCAACGGAUACGAUAGAGAGGGAGCGGCAGCAUUUGGAUCGGGACACGGAGGCUAAGAGUGAAGCCAAUGAUUUGAACGCGGAGACUCAGUCUUGGCACGGGCUUGACCAAUGGCGUCGGGACCACCCAUACACAGAGCCUGUGGAGAGUGGCCCAGAGGCCGACUCUGCUCUCCUCCUGCGGGAUAACUUGCACACUGCAGUACCAACUCCUUUGAUGGACGCCGGAGUAGAGGUUGUCGACCUUCACGACUACGUUGCGAAGAUCGACUGUGAAUUUAAGACACAACGGCACGACGACAUCGACGCACCAUUGUUUUACAUACGCAUUCAGAUCGGAGAGGCGACCUGCAGCACUUUGAUCGAUUGCGGAGCUACUCGCAACUACAUGAGCCAAGACUUUAUGGUACGCACAGGCCUUGGGCCACGCGUUCGGAGGAAGUCACAGCCCACGAAAGUCACGUUGGCUGACGGUCACACGCACAACUCAAUCGACUGGUGCAUUGAUGCCGUCCCCGUGUACUUUGCCCCGCAUGCAAGCGAGGCCGUGUCCUUCGACAUUUUGGACACCAAGUUCGACAUGAUCUUGGGCAUGUCAUGGCUGCUAAGCGAGGAUCACUCGGUGAACUUCUACCGCCGCACCGUUCACGUUCGUGAUUGGAACGGAGUACUAGUCCCAUGCACGGUGCCUCCUCCUCACCCUUCGAUCAGCUGCCACGUGGUGUCCGCCGCAAGCAUUCGAGCUUCCAUCAUCAGGGAUGACAUCGAGGAGAUGGGGGUGUGUUUUCUCCACGCCCUCCCGCCCCAUGACAUUCCAUCGACGGACUCAUCACCGGACCCACGCAUCACCGAGCUUCUCGACGCCUACAACGACGUCUUCGAAGCCCUGCACAGAGUAGUACCGGAUCGGCCCAUCCGCCACGAGAUUAUCCUCGAGGUCGGGGCCGUACCCCCACGUGGUUGCAUCCACUGCAUGAGCGAGGAAGAGUUAAGUGUGCUACGUGCACAACUCCACAACCUUCUCAAGAAAGGCUGGAUUCGUCCUAGCUCUUCGCCAUACGGUGCUCCCGUUCUCUUCGUCCGAAAGAAGAACAAGGAUUUGCGGGUGUGCAUCGAUUAUCGCAAGCUCAAUGCGCAAACUGUCAAGAACGCCGGCCCUCUUCCCCGCAUCGACGACCUCCUCGAACGGCUGGGCGGCACCAAGUUCUUCUCCAAGCUUGACCUCAAAUCGGGAUAUCACCAACUCGAGAUCCGGCAGGAGGACCGCUACAAGACCGCGUUUAAGACGCGAUAUGGGCAUUUCGAAUGGUUGGUUAUGCCAUUUGGCCUUACGAAUGCCCCGACCACAUUCCAAGUGGCUAUGACAACGGAGUUCCGACACAUGCUGGAUAGAUUCGUAAUCAUCUACCUCGACGACAUCUUGAUGUAUAGUUGGAGUUUGGACGAGCGUGUGGAGCAUCUGUGCACCGUUUUGGAGCGUCUACGACAACCCAAGUACAAAGCCAACCUCGACAAAUGCGAAUUCGCGCGGCAAGAGCUGGAGUACUUGGGACAUUAUGUGACGCCGCAAGGCAUCCGUCCGCUUGCGGACAAGAUCGAGGCCAUCCGCGUAUGGCCCGAGCCCACGAACACCACCGACGUUCGUUCAUUCAUGGGAUUGGUGGGCUACUAUCAGCGAUUCAUCACCGGAUACUCAAGGAUUGCCGCACCGAUGACGAGAUUACAAUCGCCAAGGGUGCCAUUUGUAUUCGAUGACAACGCACGCCGGUCAUUCCAAGCACUUAAGACGGCCAUGCUCAUGGCACCCGUCCUUAGCAUCUACGACCCCACCCAGCCAACCAGAGUGACAACUGACGCGUCCGGCUAUGGCAUUGGGGCAGUCUUGGAACUACAUGACGGCGACGACUGGCACCCUGUGGAGUAUUUCACCCACAAAGUGCCUCCCAUCAAUUCACUUGAUGAUGCAAGGAAGAAGGAGAUGCUCGCGUUCGUGAUGGCUCUCAAGCGAUGGCGACACUUCCUCCUUGGGCGUCGUAGGUUCACAUGGGUCACGGACAACAACCCAUUGACCUACUACAAGACGCAGGAUACGGUGAGCAGCACGAUCAGACGAUGGAUGUACUUCAUCGACCAAUUUGACUUCUCACCAAAACAUCUCGUCGGCCUCUCCAAUCGCGCAGCAGAUGCACUCUCAGGAAGACCCGAUCUUUGCGCUAUGACACAUCAUGCCUUCACGUUCGACGAAAUCCAGCGACACUUCAUUCGGGGCUAUGAGUCUGAUCCGGAUCCCGACACAUUGUAUGCGCAGCUAUCUUCGGAUCACCCGCCGGCCAGCCACUAUCGCAUCGUCGACGGGUACUUCCUCCUCCACUCGCGAGGCAAGGACUUAUUAUGUGUCCCACGAGACCGUCGUCUUCGGACUCGCCUUCUCUGCGAGUACCAUGACUCGCGACUCGCCGGCUAUUUCGGAGUCAAUCGCGACUUCGGCAACGAUUCCGAUGGCCCGACCUCAUUACCGAUGUCACUCGGUAUUGUGACUCUUGUGAAGUUUGCCGAUGAAGCAAGACCCGCAACCGCAAUCCCUACGGCGAGUUGCGCUCGAUGCCUAUCCCACGGGAACCCAGCCUCUCCAUUGCCAUGGACGUCACCGGACCGUUUCCCCGCGACCGCCUCACGCACGACGGCAUCCUCACGGUUGUUGAUCGUUUGAGUAAGUACGUGUGGUUUCUCCCUUGCAAGUACUACUCCACGACUCUCGAACUUGCGCGCCUUUUGCAC